AUGUGGGGCUCGGUGUCCGCUGCACGGGGGUCCCGGUGGGGCGGGGGGGACACGGCCGGGCGGUACCGGAGGGGGAGCUUCGGGACGGGGCUGCGGGAGAACCGCACCGGGCACUGGGAACGGGGCUGGAACUCCCCGCGGGUCUGGGCCCUUGGCCGCUGCACCGGGAGGGGAGCGGGGGAGUCACCGGUAGCCGGUAACGGAGGAGGAGGAGGGGGGGGUCAGGCCAUGGAACCGGGAUGCGCAGGGGGAAGCGGGGGGAGAGCACGGCGUCUCACCGAGGUCAGCAAAGGGGAGCGGAGUGCCCCCGCCGCCGCCGGGCCCAAACCGCCUCAACCGACCCUCCCAGCCCCUCGCUGCCUUCCCCCGGGGCCGUUAACGGCCCCUUACCGCCCGGGCCUCCCCCUUUCCUCCGCCGCGACCCCGCACCUGGCAGGCGGCGGCGCGGGCCCGGCUCAGGCGGCGUGGGGCGGGGGGCGGCUCGGCAUGGCGCGGCCCCUCCGCCGCACCGGGCCGGGCCCCUCCGCUCCGAUCCGGUAA